CCAGACUUUUGAAACCUUCCUCGGUGACCUGUCUUCACUUCCUCAGUUCUUGUCCUCUGCGUGAGCCUCUGUGAAGACAGAAGUAUCUUCCUCCGUGAAAAUAAUAAGCCACGCAGUAGCCAGAGGAGGAGAAAAACGCUUGGGUAAAACUGGAAUUGGUGCUCUCCCAGUCAGGAGAAAGAAGCAGGAAAAAGACCUAUGACUACAGUUGAUGAUCACGUUGCUGCAUUAACUCGGUCUUGGCUAAACAAAGGAAUCAUUCAGUCAGAGGAGAAUGACCCAGUUACAGACUUGAGACAGUUAUUUUUGAAUUUUAUUUUUUUUUUAAGGAAAAACCCUCAACCUUUUUAACUUAAGGGGAUGGAAGGAUUUGAUGAAUUGACCUUGCAAUUCUGAUCCUUCAUACCCAGGCAGACACGGACCAUUUCCCUCCCUGCCAGUGACUGACCUCUCUCAUUCCUGAGCCAUCCAUUAGCAGAGCCUCCCAAAUACACCCGCCGAAUCAAAAUGACGACAGCCGCACCACUGAUCAAUAACACUCAGUUCUCAGUCAAUGUGACCACGAAGUCUCAAGAACAAAGUCUCUACCAAAGUUCUGGAGCAAUAGUUGCUGCCAUCGUAGUAGGAGUGAUUAUUAUUUUUACAGUGGUUCUGCUCAUACUGAAAACAUACAACAGGCGCAUGAGAGUGAAGCGGGAGCUGGAACCCAAAAGUGCCAAACCAGCAAUGCCACCAGCUUUAGGGCAGAACAGCCACAGCCUGUCUCAGCAUCCCACCGUGACCUUCAUACCCGUGGACAUCCACAUGCAGAACAGAUAACUGGGAACAUCCGGCCUCCCUGUGGGGGAAGAGAGAUGGAAUUCUUAUUUACAUGGACCUGGAACUCCUCAGCAAAGGGACACUGCAUUGGGAACUGCAACGAGCUGUUCUUUUUGUCUAUAGAUUGUAAUUAAUCCUGCUUUCCCUCUUUGGGAGGAAAAAUAAAAGGUCUGGAUGCUUUUUGUAUGGCUGAAAGCAACUGGUGGAGGCAAAGAAAUGGUCAGAAACGCAGCGAGCCUUCCUACAGAGCUCUGGGUGCAGAGAGACUGAAUAAACCAAGCCCAUUCCUUGGAAGGGAAGAUGCACACUCAGAUUUUGUGGAGCUUUUACUUACUUGGAGAGUUUGAACUUCUAUUCUGCAAUGACUGAGGAGAAACUGGAAGGAAAACUGGGACAUGUGAGCUACGGCUCAGGUUGAACCUGGGUGUGUUGUGAUUUUUUGUGAAACAGGUUUGUAGUCUAUUUUAUACAUGAUGGAUAGUACAGGAAGUAUCAGAAUUGUAUUUAUCUUUACUCAUCUUUUGUGUUUCUAAUGCCACAUAUGUAUGGUAUGAGAUAAAAGAGAAAAAGUUACUUUUUUUUUUCAAGUAUUUUUGCAAUAUUUCUAUAAACUUGGUAACCUCUCCAUUUCCAAAGGAA